UUAUAAAAUAAAAUCAAUACAAUUAUCCUAUGAUGAGAACCUCUGAACCUCUAAAAUGUUAUAUAUGAAGCCUCUUCUCUUCUAAGAGUAAUAACAGAAUGUUGUGUCAUGUUCAUAAACAAAAAUGUUUAAUAACACCAAUGCAUUAUGUAACAGCAUAACUGAACCGUUCAUAAAGCAGGGCACAGGGUUUACAAUACCAUCUAUUGCGUAUUAAAGCAACAUACGUUUGGGAUAAAAUGUUCUUGUUUACCAUUAUGCACUGAGGCAUGGUUAAAAGGUAAAUAUUCUCAACCAACAUGGAACAGGCCUUUCUGUUUGCAAAGAGGUAAAAAGGCGGAAAAGAAAGAGGAUCUGAACCGGUUUCCAUGUCAAACACUUCAAUUCUCCAUAGAAACUCUGAUCUUAACGCAGAAACUUUAUUAAACCUUGAUGGUGGAUUGAUAAGGCCGAAUUUCUAUCGGUUCCUUUUUAUUGUGGAGACGGGGAGGGAUGACAGAGGUAAAUUGCUCUUUUAAUUAAACCAAUGCACCGAAGGAAAUUGCUGUCUGAAUAUUGUCUCAGAGAUGGGGCUUGUGACAGUUGCCUGGAAACUUCAAUCUGUCUCACAUUUAUUCCAGAUCACAGUUUUGAGAUAAAGUUUAAUAAAAAUCUUUGCGCCAAUGAAAGCCUACCCUUUCACGUCCACCACCACCACCACAAUGCGACAGAACUGCGGAGGAAGCCUUAUGUUUAACAUGUAUCUCUCAGAUCCCACAGAAAAUCUUCUGAAGGAAAGCAAAAGCUCCUCUUGGACCCCCAUCAACACAGGCGUGCAAAAAGGAAGUGGACAAAUCCAGCUAUGGCAAUUUCUCCUGGAGCUGUUGUCUGACAGCGCCAAUAUGACAUGCAUCGCCUGGGAGGGGACCAAUGGAGAGUUUAAACUGAUAGACCCGGACGAGGUGGCCAGACGGUGGGGGGAACGCAAGAGUAAACCGAACAUGAACUAUGACAAACUGAGCCGAGCUCUGCGCUAUUACUACGACAAAAACAUCAUGACCAAGGUGCACGGAAAGCGCUACGCGUACAAAUUUGACUUUAACGGCCUGGCGCAAGUGUGCCAGCCCUCUUCGACUGAACAAGCUAUUUAUAAGUUCCAGAGCAAUUUCGCUCCCCUCCAGUUUUCAGGCAUUUCCAAACUCAAUCUGGUUGCUCCAGGUGUUGGUCCGUCGGGGUUCUCCUACUGGCCCGGAUCUCCUCCCACCCUCUACCACAGCCACAACCUGCAACCGCCAGGACCCUUCGGUGCCGUUUCUGCUUCACAUUUAAGUUGCGUUAACAAUAUCAAUAGUUUAAACAACCUGAACAAUAUCAAUAAUCACUAUAACUGAUUUUUAAAAUUGGGAUCAGAAGUGCGCGUCUGGGUUAAUAUUAAAAAGCGCAACUAACUGAUUUCAGUAGCCAACAUUGCAAUCACACCCCAAGAAAGGCCGUCUAAUAAUUCACAAUUGGCCUUAAAAUCCUUACUCGACUGAAAUGAUAAUUUGGCAUUACAUUAUUUUAGAGGACUGUUAAUGUUGAUCACUUUAAGAUAAGAAAACAAUUUAGCGCCAUCUUAUGGAUAACAAAUAACAUGGCUAAUUCAUCAUCAAAUAUCAGCUGGGUCGAGCAGUUAAAAUCAGUUUUGUCUUACAAUAUUAACGUAAUGUUGGCGAAAAGACUAUAUGGUACGAGAACAAAUGGUAAGAAGCAAAACGUGUUCGCUACUACACUUGUGUAAUCGAGCAUAUAGGCCUAGUUCACACUUAUAAAGCGCUUUGAUAUUUCGUAAAUAAUUUACGACAGAGACUCAUGCACGGUGUAGGUCUGAACAUUGGGCAUACUUUUUCAAAAUCGUAUGUCCUAAAUCGUAAAGAAUAGGCUAAUUAUAUAUAUUUUCUUUCAUAUGGGUCCACUUAAGCACGAGAGGACUGAUCACUAGUCUGUGUAUUUCCCUUCUUUUCACUCUGUUGAUUAUUUUGUUAUAAUGCAUUUUGUUUGUGAUAAUACAUUAAAAUUGUUAAAAAGUC